GGAUCUGAUUCAUAAAAAAUAAAUUCAUAUCUUACAAAAACAUGAAUUCAACUUUCGGUUAUCAGUGUGAGGACAUUGCUGAUAGAUAAUUGAUAAACACUCCUACUACAAAUGAUCUUUGAGCAUUGAGGUCUGAUCUAUCCUUAAUUAAUGAAUCCCGAUACCUCUCUCUCUCCUAAAUUUUUAGUUUAUCAAAUUAUUCUAUUCCUAUCCUGGCAUCCUUGGGGAACAGGUUGUUCAUUUUUGUUUGAUAUUGCUUCAGUUCAGUGCUUAGGGUGGUGGUUGCAGCAGUAAUAAUAUAGUAAGUUGCAACCUCUCCCAGUUGUGAAAGCAACGCCUUUCAGGUUCUUGGCCAACCACCGUGUGCCACGUCAUCAAACAGAACUUUUCGAUGACUUUCCCUUCCCAUCAUCAAACAGAGAAAAAUAAAACGGGGAUUGGGUCAUAACCGUUUCUUUCUGUUUCGCUACACUGCAUGAUGUUAUGCACGCAUAAAUAAAUACCAAUAGCGCUUCUGUUUUUACUUUCUUUUAUUUUUUUUGUUGCGCCUUUUUCCGUUUCUCUCAAUGCUCGAUGGUUUUGUUUGAAGGAACAAUAAAAUAACACCCUUCGAAACAAUGACCACUGAGCUAACGCUCUCUCUCUCUCUCUAUAUUCGUCUCUUUCGCCAGUUGGUGACAGUGGUUGCGGAGAAGCUCAUGAAAAUCAUGAAAAACGUCAUUUUUAGUAAUUGCUGAGAAUGAGUGAUUGAGAAAAAAACGCAGUGAGAAGAGAAAGAGAAAGAGAAAGGGAAUGUUUAGGUUGCAUAAGCACAGGGCGGAGAAGUCAGGGGACAAAAUCGAGUUCAGAAUCUCUCAUCUCAAGGCGCUUCAGGUACCCAAAGGGUGGGACAAGCUGUAUGUUUCUGUUGUCUCAGUAGAAAAUGGUAAAACUAUUGCAAAGUCGAGCAAAGUGUCAGUGCGUAAUGGAGGUUGUCAAUGGUCAGAUAACUUUUCAGAAUCUAUAUCGAUUUCAAGAGAUAAUUCUUCCAAGGAGAUUGAUGAUUGUGACCUCAAGCUUAUUGUUGCCAUGGGGUCAUCAAGAUCUGGCAUCCUGGGAGAGGCCACUGUUAGUUUGACCAGCUAUAUGAGUUCAGGUGCUGCUAUUCCACUUUCAAUCCCACUGAAUAAGUGCAACCAUGGGACAGUUUUGCAUGUAACUGUGCAGUGCCUUACACCAAGAACGAAACUCAGGGAUCAAGAAUCAAGUGAGACAAAAUUCCAUUUGAAGGCCAUCAAUGAAAGUAAUUAUGAUCUGUCUGUCAAGUCCAAUGAAUCAGAUUGUUCAAAUGUACAGAGUGUUGAAUCUUCCUCUGUUGAAGAUUUCGACUCUAUCUUAUCCCCCGGAGAAAUUGAGACAAUGGCAACAAGCUUCUCUGGAUCUGUAUCAAACUGCAGCCAUAACUCAACUGAGGGUUCCACAGGAAGGGGAAAUAUCUCCCCAUCUAUCAGUGAUGGGCAGAGCCCGACUGCAAGACAAGAUUCAACCAGUUCCCAGAAAAGUGUAUCCCAUCACAAUUAUCCUGUGAAUGAUACUUCUCAGCCAAAUAAUUCAUCAUUUAAUUCCCAGAAUAUGCAACACAUUGGUGCAUUAUCUUCUAAGAAGACCAAUGCUUCUAAUAACCGUCUGGAAGCUGCAGGGGACACAAGUGAAGAGCUACGGGCAGAAGCAAAGAUGUGGGAGAUGAACGCCCGAAAGCUAAUGGGUGAUUUGGACAUGUUGAGGACAGAAUUCUCAGAUCAAUCCAAAAAACUGGCUGGUAUAGAAAUGGACCUUUCAGCGACACAGGUAGAGCGUGAUGGUUUGAAAAAAGAAGUUGAACAGUUAAAAUUGUCAUUUGAGGAUCCAGUAGUGAGACAGAAAGCAUUGGAAGAUUCAGUGUCUCAAGUUGAAGGUAUUCCAGAAAUUGAAAAUGCUCUAAAAGAGGAACUGAAGUUCGAAAAAGAAUCCAAUGCCAACUUGUCUUUGCAACUGAAGAAAAGCCAAGAAGCAAAUAUAGAGCUUGUUUCUGUUCUCCAGGAGCUGGAAGAGACCAUAGAACAGCAGAAAGUUGAGAUAGAAAACCUUUCAUCAUUACCCUUAAAAUUCAGUGAUCUAGAUAAAUCUUUCCAACAAAGUAUAGAAGGAAACAAACACUUAAUGCAACAACUAGAACAAUUGGAGGAAUCGAAGAAAAGUCUGCUGGUCAAGGUGCAAGAGCUGGAAGGGACCUUAGAGGAUAAAAUGCGAGGCACUGAACAUGCGAAGAUUCAAAACAACAGAACACUUUCAGAUAUUGAAAUGGAAUAUGAAAGCAAAUUAUCUGCUAAAGAUAAAGAAAUUUCAAGUUUGAAAGCAAAGCUAUUUGAUUCUAUCCCCGAAAGUUGUAAUAAUGUGGAGACUGUGUCCAGAAAUUUAGGUGAUACAGAUCUUUUGAGAGAAAUCGAAGCACUGAAAGAGAAAGUUCGGGAACUUGAGAUGGACUGCAAUGAGCUGACAGACGAAAACCUUGAGCUCGUUUUCAAGCUAAAAGAAGCAAAGAAAAAUUCGAAAGAUGGUGGUGCAUCUGAAGACCUUUUGUCAGACAAGCUCAAAGAUCAAUCUUCUACUAGCUUGGGGUCUGAGGUAAGCAACAAUUUAUUUCGAAUAUUCCAUUCAGAAGACAUGGUCCAGGCGAAAAAGGACAUCAAGAUUAGUAAUGAUGAUCAUUUUUCUAUUCAAGAGCUUGAGACUUCAAAAUUAGCUCUAGAAGUCCGAAUCACAGAUUUGAAUAAGGAACUGACUAAUAAAACAUCUGUGAUAGGAAAUCUUGAGGCUAAUUUAUCACAUAAAGAAAAGGAAAUUGGGGUUCUGCAGAAGCUGCUAAGUGAGUUGGAAGCCAAUGUUUAUCAUCUUGAACAGGAAAAAAGUCAACUAGAGAAACACAUGGAUACCUUGAUAAAAGAAAAUAAGCAUGAACUGGAGCUUCACAUAUUAGACAUAGAACAGGAAAAACAACAAUUGUCAAUUCGUGUUUCUGUUUUAGAAGCUCAGUUGAGAGAUUUGACAAAUGAACAAGAGUUUCGUUUAUCAGAACUAGAGAACUCUAGAUCACAAGCUGCAAGACUUCAAGAGAAGAUUAUGGAGAUGCAGUCUGAGAUAGAUUCUUCAACAGAAGACUUGAAACAAAAAUUAAUGGUGGCAAAAAUUCACUGGUCAGAAGCACAAGAAGAAUGUGAAUAUCUAAGAGGAGCAAAUCAGAAGUUACAAAUUACCAUUGAGGAUCUUGCAGAAGAAUGCAGUUCUUUCGAGAAGCUAAAUGGAGAUUUGAAGCAGCAAAACUUGAAGCUAGAGGGAUAUUGCUCCCAUAUGGAAGCCAGGUUGAGGGAAUCAGAUGAAAGAUUUUCCAAGUGCUCUGAAGGAGUGGAACUCUUGGAAAAGAAAUUUGAUUUAAAGCUGGAAGAUAUUGCAUCAAAAGAAAAGCAUCUAACUUCAGAUUUAGAUGGUUUUUUUUAUGAAAAUCGGAAACAUAUGGAGCAGGCUCAAGUCUUGUUGAAUCAGAUGCAAAUGGAGAUGAUGGUAGAAACUCAGAACCUUGAAUUAGAAGUUGAGAAACUCAGUCUGAAACUUUCAGCAGCGCAUGAUGAGAAAGAGAGAAUAGCUUCCAAUGCUAUGCUUGAAGUAUCCACAUUACGUGCUGAUAAAGCCAAACUGGAAUCUGCUUUUGAAGAAGCUCAAUCUAAAGUGAGUUUGGCUAAGAAAGAGGUUGAUAUGAUACAGUCUCAAUAUGAACAAAAGCUGGAAGACCUAACAACACAGCUUGCCGAAUACAAAAUUAAAAUGGAAAUGCUGAUGACUGAACAUGAAAAGUUGUUGAAGCUGGUGGAAGACUACAAAUCAAGAGAGCUAAAAUUCAAAAGUACUAUAAAUGCCCUUGAAUUAAAGCUAACAGUCACUGAAUAUGAAAGACAACAAGUCAUGGAUGAAUCUGGAAUUUUAAAGGUUCAGUUGCAGCAGACCCAUCAAUUUGAAAAUGAGAUUAUAGCUCUAAAGAAUGAGCUCGAUGCUUCUAAUUCCGAGAAAGAGAGACUGGAAGCCUCAUUGUGCCUAACAUCUGAACUAUGUGAAGAUCUGAAGGCAGAGAAGAUAUCAUCUGGACUAAAGAUAUUAGCCUUGGAGCAGGCUGCGUCUGAAUUGGAGGACUGCAAGAAAACUAGAGCGUCCCUGGAAGAAAAACUUCUGCAGUUGGAGAAUGACUUGAAGGCAAAAGAAACAAGAUGUGCCCAGGAUACUGAACUCAGUCACAGCAAAAGAAUAAACAGGCAGCAUCAACAGACCAUACAACUGCUUGAACAAGAAAAAGCUGAGUUCCAGACAAAAGCCCAAGUCCUUGAAGAAGAAUUGAAGCUGAUCAAGGAACAAAAGAGAAAUCAAGUUUCAAAGUUAAACAGGAAAAUUUUACCUGUUCACGAUGAUCUGAAGGCCUCAAAACAGAACCCUGUGGUGAAAAAUACCAUUCAAUAUCGCAGUAAUAGGAGAAAGUCAUUAAAGAAUGACAGAGAAGUCAUGAAAGAUCAGCAGGACCCUGGUUACAGCAUCAAACAUCAGAGUGAGGUAGAAACUGAACUUGGACUUCUUGAUGAAAAUGUUCAUGCUGUUGAAGUAGAUCCACUACCAAAGACUCAAUUGGUUGAGAAUGAACUAGCAAAAGAAAAAGAAGUCAAGAACAUUUAUGAAGUUCAGUUCGACAGGUCGCCAUCUCAAGACCGAAACAACCAAGCAAAUGGCCCAGUAAAACCAAUGGCUGAGGAACUAGUGACUAAAGAAAAAUUUGAACGUACAAAAUCUAUGCUAGAGGCAGAGUUAAGAGAUAUUCAGGAGCGCUACUUCCACAUGAGCCUUAAAUAUGCUGAGGUGGAAGCUGAGCGUGAAGAACUUGUGAUGAAGCUCAAGGCAACCAGGAAAAAAGGAUGGCUUUCGUAGAAUUAUGAUCAGUUCGAUGACCCUUUAUCGAAUUUGAGGCUGCCAAUAUCGGGUAACCUUUCACGAAUUUGAAGUGUCAGAGUUUUCAAUCCACCACCAUAGGAUGCAUGAUUUGGGAAUGACUCAUUCAUUGAAUAGGAGAAUAGUAAUAAAACUAUAAUAGUCGAUUGUACUUGUAAAUAUAGAUAUUUUGAAGUUAAGAAUUACACUUAGCAAGUGAUAUUAUUGUGAUUACAUAGUUUCAAACUCGCAGCCAUUCAUUAUUUGGGCUGUUAUAUGUGCUGCUAUUAUUAAAUACAGAGAAAAGGUGCACACAAAAUAAA